UGUAAGGAGGUCGUCCAGCCGUUGCAUGCCGGGUGGUGUGUUGCGUUGACGACAGCAGGAGCUCCGACACCAGCGACAGGAGAGGAGCCGCUGACCUUCCGUGGUAUCGCUGUGAGAAAUGGCGCUGAGCCGGCUCGAAAAGGCACAGACAUGGCUCUGGAAGGCCGUCAUGGGCUUGCUCUACGGGCUUUUCCGGCUUCUGUCUCCGCGGAGCCCCGCCGUCUCCAGGAGGCUGCCGGCGGUUAGCAACCCGCUGCUGGCCGUGUCGGCGAUGCAGCUCGCCCAGAAGAUCCGCCGGAGAGAGGUGUCCAGUGUGGAGGUGGUGCAGGCCUAUAUUGACCGGAUCCAGGAGGUCAACCCUUUAAUCAACGCCAUGGUAAAAGACAGGUUUGCUGCUGCUCUCCAGGAGGCGGCCCAGGUUGAUAAGCUGAUUGAAGAGGAGACAGGGGGGGAGGAGGUCCUGGAAGACCGGCUGCCCUUACUGGGCGUCCCGCUCUCUGUGAAGGAGUCCUUUGCCCUGCAAGGUAUGCCCAACUCUACGGGCGUCAUCUCCAGGCGUGGAGUAUUAGCCACGGUGGACGCUCCACCAGUGGCCCUGUUGAAAAGAGCAGGGGCCAUCCCGCUGGGGGUCACCAACACCAGUGAGCUGUGUAUGUGGAGCGAGUCCCACAACCACCUGUACGGCAUCACCAACAACCCCUACGACCUGGAGCGGAUACCUGGAGGCAGCUCAGGUGGAGAGGGCAGUAUUCUGGCAGCAGCAGGCUCAGUGAUCGGCAUCGGCUCAGACAUCGGUGGCAGCAUCCGGAUGCCCUGUUUCUUCAAUGGAAUAUUUGGCCAUAAAACCACCCCAGGUGUGGUGUCAAAUGAGAACCAGUACCCUCCAUCCUCUGGGAGGCAUGAGGACUACCUCAGCGCUGGUCCCAUGUGCCGCUAUGCUGAGGACCUGCUGCCCAUGCUCAGUAUCAUGGCUGGACCCAACGCUCACAUGUUGUCUUUAAGCACGAAAGUGGACCUUAAGAAGUUGCGGUUCUUCAGCAUCCCCCAUGAUGGUGGCUCUCGUUUUACAUCCCCUGUCAACAAACAGCUCCUUCAGAUUCAGAGGAAGGUAGUGGAGCGGCUGGAAGCUGACCUAGGGGUGAAGGUCCAAGAGGUUCAUCUCCCUGGGCUGCGGUACAGCUUCCAGAUCUGGGACACCUACAUGACUCUCCCUGACAAGGAAGGCAAGCCUCCUCAGGCGUUCGUCGAGCUGAUGGGAGAACCGGGCCGGCCGGUGUGGCCUCUGUGGGAGCUGCUGAAAUGGAUGAUGGGAAGAUCAGAGCACACUAUGGCUGCUAUCGGCCUGGCCUUGGUGGAGAUGAGCCAUGCCUCCAAGCCCGUGCCCUUCUUCAUCCAGCAGAACGAGAAGCUGCGGAAGGAGGUGGAGGAGCUGCUGGGGACAGACGGAGUUCUGCUCUACCCAACGCACCCCAACAUGGCACCCAAACACCACCACCCACUCUUCAGACCGUUCGACUUCGCCUACACUGGUAUACUGAACAUCCUGGGCCUGCCGGUCACACAGUGUCCACUGGGCCUGAGCGAGGAGGGACUCCCGAUGGGUGUGCAGGUGGUGGCAGGGAAGCUGCAGGACCGGCUGCCCCUGGCUGUGGCUGUUUAUCUGGAGAAGGCCUUCGGAGGCUGGAGGGACCCUGGAGCCAAGUGACACACACAGACUGCCGCCACCGAGGCUCCAGACUGGAGCUGGUGGAAGAUUAUGAUCUGCCUCGUUGUUGUAAACAGGCACUGAGAGGUACAAUCAGCACUUUGAAUGUUGAUUUUUUUUUUUUUUUUAAUUCUGUGACAAAUCAAUCCUUCCAGUCAAUGCCAAUCAUCAUUUUAUCAUUUACGCUGUUCUAUGUAACAGGGACUUUUACACAGCAGCACAAGCUUUAAAAAUUGACUUGACACUGGUGGUAGUAUCUUUACAUUAACUAAUGAAGCUAAGUGGCUAUGGUGCCCAACUUAUGAAGGUACUCAUCUGUUUCUGUUAAUAAAUGAUUUUUUUUCUCUA